GGCCAGGUGGACAGCCAAAAUAAAAGCACGACAUUUCAAAAUAAGUUAAAGAUAUAAGCAAACGCAUUCAAAAUAAUUAUUUUGAAAUAAAAUACAAAUACUUUUAUCGUACUAGUAGAAUAAUAUCAACUUUAAUUCCUAAAUGCUAAAAUGCGGUGGUUUUAUCUAAAGAUUUGACGAGUGAUGAUUUUUAUUUUGAAAGUAUAUUCCGGAAGUUCCUUGCACUUGUUGGUGUCUCGCUCUACAGCAGAGUCUCUACGAGGUCUGAAGGAGGAGGGACGUGAGGAGCCGCCAGAGAACAUUAGGAGCAUGGAAAGUGGAAGGGACACAUUUCCAUUCCCCUACCAGCCGUAUGAUAUCCAGGAGCAGUUCAUGCAAGCCCUCUACAGAGCGCUCGACCAAGGCAAAGUGGGCAUCUUUGAAAGUCCAACUGGAACGGGCAAGUCCCUGAGUCUGAUAUGUGGAGCUUUGAGCUGGCUGAGAGAUUAUGAUGAGAAGAAGAGACAGGAGGCAGCUGCACUGCUGCAGGAAGGAGAAGCAGCUCUCUCCACUUCUACCACCACCAGCUCCUCAGCAGAACCGGACUGGAUCACUGAUUUUGUCCAAAAGAAGGCAGAACGAGAUCUGGUAUCCAAACUGAAGGAGGAAGACUUAAAGAGGAAGAAGAGAGAAGAGCGAUUGGAAAUGAUCAGAAAUAACGCUCAGCUUAAGUAUGCUCUCAAAAGAAAGAGCCAUGAAGAUGAUGAGGCCUUCAAGUUGCUUCAGCUCAGUAAAGAGGAUCAAGCUGAAGUACCAGGAGAUCAAGAAGAUGAGGAGCACAUUGUUGCUGAAUACGAGAGCGAUGAUGAUUCAAAGAGCAAAAGCAGAUUACUUGGAGGUGAGGACGAGGAAGAUGACGAGCUAGUUGAAGAACAUGUCACUAAGAUCUAUUACUGCAGUCGUACUCACUCCCAGCUGGCCCAGUUUGUCCAUGAGGUCCAAAAGAGCCCGUUCAGUAAGGACAUCAGUCUGGUCACUCUGGGAUCUCGACAGAAUCUGUGCAUUAAUGAAGAGGUGCGGCGCCUUGGCAGCAUUCAGCGCAUUAAUGACCGCUGCAUGGAGAUGCAGAAAAACAAGCACGAAAAGCAGCAUCCUGAAGAUGGUGCAAAACGCAAACGAGGUCCAGCCAAGAGUGUGUGUCCCUUCAACAAAGCCUCUGCAUUGCAGCAGAUGAGGGAUGAGGUUCUUGGAAGCGUCUAUGACAUUGAGCAGCUGAUGAAAGUGGGAAAAGAGACGCACUCGUGCCCGUAUUACGCCACUCGCCUAGCAGUUCCCCCUGCACAGUUGGUGGUUUUGCCGUAUCAGAUGGUGCUUCAUGAAGCUACGAGACGGGCGGCGGGGGUCCAGCUGAAGGACCAGGUGGUGAUAAUAGACGAAGCUCACAAUCUUAGCGACACUCUCUCCUGCAUUCAUAGCUCGGAGCUCAAUGGAUCACAGCUUUGCCGUGCACAUUCCCAACUUACUCAGUAUGCAGACCGCUACAGGAGCAGACUGAAGGCUAAAAACCUGAUGUACAUCAAACAAAUUCUCUUUGCCAUCGAGAGGCUGGUCCGAGUGUUGGGAGGUAAAGUCGGACAGAACCCCCAGAGUCAGAAUACACAAACAGGAACAGAGAUGCAUACUAUUAACAACUUCCUCUUCAAGGCCGAGGUCGAUAACAUCAACUGGUUUAAGUUACAGAGAUACUUUGAGAAGAGCAUGAUCAGCAGGAAGCUCAGCGGGUUUGUGGAGAAAUACGCCGGCUCAGGUGUGACGCUGCACGCCCAGAACUCCUUAAAUAAGGAGAACCGACGCACAGAAGGGUUACUCAACUACCUAAAGACACUAAAGAGCAAUCAGAACUCUGCAUCUGUUGCUCAAGCAGACCUGCAGGAGUCAGCCGAGGCAGAGAAAGUGCUCUCUGCAUCUCCCAUGAUGCAGAUUGAAGGUUUCUUCCUGGCUCUCACCAACACCAACGCUGAUGGGAGAGUUGUGGUGCACAGAGAAGGCACUUUGUCAGAAAGCAGCGUCAAGUUCCUUCUGCUGAACCCAGCGGUCCACUUUGCUGAGGUUCUGAAGGAGUGCAGAUCCGUCAUCAUUGCUGGAGGAACCAUGCAGCCUGUUUCAGACUUUAAAGAAGAGCUUUUGCUUUCUGCUGGAGUGGGACAAGAGCGCAUCGUGGAGUUUACCUGCGGUCACGUCAUUCCCCCGGAGAACAUUCUUCCCAUCGUCAUGAGCAGCGGUCCAUCUGGCCAGGAGCUGGACUUCACCUUCCAAAGCAGAGAUUUACCGAGCAUGAUGGACGAAACGGGACGCAUUCUCUCAAACAUCUGCAACGUGGUCCCCGGUGGGGUCGUGUGUUUCUUCCCCUCCUAUGAAUAUUUGAGGCGGAUCAUUUGUCACUGGGAGGCCAGCGGCGCGCUAACCCGACUGUCCACUAAGAAGAAGAUCUUCCAGGAGCCAAAAAAGGCCAACCUGGUGGAGCAAGUGCUGAGCGAGUUCUCCCGUUGUAUCCAGAGGAGCGCUCAGGAGAGCAGUGGACUGACGGGAGCGUUGCUUUUUUCUGUGGUUGGAGGAAAGAUGAGCGAAGGAAUCAACUUCUCGGACGACUUGGGCAGGUGUGUGGUAAUGGUUGGAAUGCCGUAUCCCAACAUAAAAUCCCCGGAGCUGCAGGAAAAGAUGUCAUAUUUGAACAAACACCUGCCUCACAGUCACGGAAGGAGCCCCGGACAAGCACUAGUUGAGAACCUCUGCAUGAAAGCUGUCAAUCAGUCCAUAGGUCGAGCUAUCCGUCACCGUGGCGACUAUUCGGCGAUAGUGCUGUGUGACAGGCGUUACUCUCGUCCCGCCACGCUCUCCAAACUUCCAGCUUGGAUCAGGAGCCGCACAAGCACACACGCAACGUUUGGUCCCGCUUUUGCUUCCUUACGCAAGUUCUUUGUGGAGAAGAAGCAGCAGCAAGUCUUCCUCAACGGCUCGUGAAAGAAAACUUUUCCUAUAAAUGAUGGCGUCCAGAGGGAAAUCAUCACCUUACAGAGCACUUCAACCAACAGUAUGAGAAUAAAUGCUCUUUAUUGUUCAACACUAUUCAGCUUUAAACUAACUGAGUUGAGUUCAUCACUGACAGAAUAAAGACGGGUUUUUCAUGGCACACACAGACAGGUUUCAUCACUGACCCAGUUUGCUUCGUUGACGUUAGAAAAGUUAGCUCUUGUGUUUAAAUGUGGUCUACGGAUGUAAACUACUGAAAAAUGUAGAUGGAUGGCAGGCACAGCACAGGUAGGCACGUCUUACUCUGAACUCUUAAUAAUUCAACGAUGAAAUGUACAUUGUUAGGAAAUAUGAAGCAUUCUUACUUUGAAUUUUAUGAACAUUUUUUCUAUCCAUUAAAGAAAUAAAAUUUGAA